CUGAAGUGUUGACUGAUGAACUUAAUCAUGAACAUGACUCAAAAAUGUUAAUAACUAAACCAAGACCAUGGGGAAUUCAUAUGCUGGGCAACUGAAAUCUGCUCGAUUUGAAGAAGCACUCCACAACUCCAUAGAAGCCUCUCUCCGAUGUAGUAGUGUGGUGCCACGGCCAAUUUUUUCCCAGCUCUAUUUGGACCCUGACCAGCAUCCUUUCCCAUCUGCAGAUGUCAAACCCAAAGUAGAGGAUCUGGAUAAAGAUUUGGUACACCGCUACACUCAAAAUGGCAGUCUGGAUUUUUCGAACAAUCUAACAGUUAAUGACAUGGAAGACGAUGAAGAUGAUGAAGAAAUGUCUGAUUCAAACAGUCCUCCAAUUCCCUAUUCACAAAAACCUGCCCCAGAAGGAUCUUGCACUACAGAUGGUUUUUGUCAAGCAGGAAAGGAUUUGCGUUUGGUAUCACUCUGUAUGGAACAAAUCGACAUCCCGGCAGGAUUCCUCCUGGUGGGGGCCAAAUCUCCCAAUCUUCCUGAACAUAUCCUAGUGUGUGCUGUAGACAAGCGAUUCCUACCAGAUGAUAAUGGGAAAAAUGCACUUUUAGGGUUUUCUGGAAAUUGUAUCGGCUGUGGAGAAAGAGGAUUUCGGUAUUUCACGGAAUUUUCCAACCAUAUUAACUUGAAGCUCACCACUCAGCCUAAGAAGCAGAAGCACUUAAAGUACUACCUAGUCAGAACCUCCCAGGGUGUACUGUCAAAGGGACCUCUUAUCUGCUGGAAAGAAUGUAGAAGCCGACAAUCCUCUGCUACUUGUCAUUCUAUUAAACCAAACUCUUCUGUGUCAUCAACUGUGACCCCAGAAAAUGGAACAACUAAUGGAUACAAAACAGGAUUCACUCAAACAGAGGCUGCAAAUGGGAACAGUAGUCAAGGAGGGAAGACUAGCACACCCAGCUCCACUCCAGCCCGCCCAGGGAACUACUCCUUGUCACCAAGACCUAGCUAUGCAUCUGCAGACCAAGCUACCAUGUUCAUUUCUGGACCACCAAAGAAACGACACCGUGGAUGGUACCCUGGGUCACCAGUACCCCAACCUGGUUUAGUUCUACCUGUUCCUACAAUUCGCCCUCUUUCAAGAACUGAGCCCCUUUUAUCUGCCCCAGUUCCACAGACCCCAUUAACUGGAAUUUUACAACCUCGGCCCAUUCCUGCAGGGGAAACUGUAAUUGUUCCUGAAAACCUGCUAAGUAACUCAGGCGUUAGACCUGUAAUUCUGAUAGGCUAUGGCACUUUACCCUAUUUCUAUGGAAAUGUUGGUGACAUUGUUGUGAGUCCUCUGCUGGUGAAUUGCUACAAGAUUCCACAGUUGGAAAACAAAGAUUUGGAACAAUUGGGGUUGACUAGUAGCCAGCUCCUGAGCGUGGAAAACAUGAUCCUUCUGACCAUCCAGUACCUUGUGCGCCUGGGUCCUGAUCAGAUACCUCUCAGGGAGGAAUUUGAGCAAAUUAUGCUGAAAGCUAUGCAGGAAUUUACUCUGAGAGAGCGGGCCCUGCAGAUGGGAGCUUCGUGUACCCCAGUGUCUCCAGGACAACUCCCCUGGCUUGCUAGAUUAAUUGCCAGUGUGUCACAAGACUUGGUUCAUGUGAUUGUGACUCAAAACUCUUUAGCAGAGGGCAUUUCAGAGACAUUGCGGAUUCUCAGUGAAAUAAGACACUAUCAAAGGUUGCCAGAUUAUGUGGUGGCAAUUUGUGCAUCAAAAAUCAGAGGAAAUGAGUUUUGUGUGGUGGUGUUAGGCCAACAUCAGUCCCGGGCUCUGGCAGAGAGUAUGCUCACCACAAGUGAGUUUUUGAAAGAAAUUAGUUAUGAGCUCAUCACAGGAAAGGUCAGUUUCCUGGCAUCACAUUUCAAAACCACGUCAUUAGGUGAUGACCUGGAUAAGCUACUCGAAAAAAUGCAACAGAGAAGAGGAGACAGUGUGGUCACCCCUUUCAAUGGAGAUCUUAAUGAAUGUGUGUCACCCCAGGAGGCUGCUGCUAUGAUCCCUACCCAAAAUCUGGAUUUAGACAAUGAAAGCUUCCAAAUUUAUCAGCCACAGCUUACUGUUGCCAGAAAACUCUUAUCCCAGGUAUGUGCUAUUGCUGACAGUGGCAGCCAGAGCCUGGACCUCGGCCACUUUAGCAAAGUGGACUUCAUCAUCAUUGUCCCAAGAUCGGAGGUUCUGGUCCAGCAAACUCUUCAACGGGUUCGACAAUCAGGUGUCCUUGUAGACCUGGGACUGGAGGAAAAUGGGACGGCUCAUCAGAGAGCAGAGAAAUAUGUUGUUCGUCUGGACAAUGAGAUUCAAAGCAAGUUUGACGUUUUUAUGAGGAGGGUGAAACAGAACCCGUACACACUGUUUGUACUAGUUCAUGACAACUCCCAUGUGGAGCUAACGAGUGUCAUUUCAGGCACUCUGUCCCAUGGUGAACCCAGUCAUGGGUUGGCAGAUAGAGUCAUUAAUUGCAGAGAAGUUCUGGAAGCUUUCAACCUCCUGGUGCUCCAGGUUAGCUCCUUUCCAUACACACUACAGACCCAGCAGUCCCGAAUCAGCUCCAGCAACGAAGUUCACUGGAUACAGCUGGACACUGUGGAGGAUGUGGGCUGUGAGGAGAAGCUGUACUUCGGCUUGAACGAGUACAGCAAGUCUCUGCAGUGGGGGGUCACCAGCCCACUUUUGAGAUGCGACGAGACCUUUGAGAAGAUGGUGAACACACUCUUGGAGAGGUACCCCAGAUUGCACAGCAUGGUCGUCCGCUGCUAUCUUCUCAUCCAGCAGUACUCGGAGGCCCUGAUGGCUCUCACCACCAUGGCGUCGCUCCGAGACCACAGCACACCUGAAACGCUCAGCAUUAUAGAUGACCUCAUCAGCUCCCCAGGAAAAACCAAGAGUGGGAGGGGCCACAUGCUCAUCAUAAGGGUGCCCUCGGUGCAGCUGGCCAUGCUGGCCAAGGAGCGGCUGCAGGAGGUGCGCGACAAGCUGGGUCUGCAGUACCGCUUCGAGAUCAUCCUGGGGAACCCCGCCUCCGAACUCAACGUGGCCACUCACUUUGUGGCACGAUUAAAGACGUGGAGAGGAAAUGAGCCAGAAGAAUGGAUCCCUCGGACGUAUCAAGAUUUAGAAGGUCUGCCUUGCAUAGUAAUAUUAACCGGCAAAGACCCUCUGGGGGAAACCUUUCCCAGGUCUUUGAAGUACUGCGACCUCCGGUUAAUCGACUCGAGCUAUUUAACUCGCACGGCUUUGGAACAGGAGGUGGGUCUGGCAUGCUGCUAUGUCUCAAAAGAGGUCAUCCGGGGACCCACUGCUGCCCUGGACCUCAGUGGGAAAGAGCCAGAGCGGGCCCCUGCCAGCGAGAAUGACUCCGAGGAGCUGCUCAUCGACCUGGAGAGGCCGCAGAGUAACAGCAGCGCUGUCACUGGAACCUCCGGGUCCAUCAUGGAGAAUGGAGUGAGCUCCUCCAGCACAGCCGACAAGCCCCAGAAGCAGCCCCGGACGCCCAGCCUGCAGAGUCCUGCCCCGAGCCUGGGGCUGGGGGAAGGGGUCUCGGCCAGCGCGGGGGAGACCCUGAAGCAGGAGUGUGACUCCCUGGGCCCCCCAAUGGCCAGCAGCACCACCACCCCCAAGCUUUCCUCGUCCUCCUCGGGCGCCCGAAGCCUGGCGUGGCCCGGCCAGCCCCCCAGAGGCUACAGGAGCCUGGACGUCAGCCUGCCCCCGGUGGUGAUCUUAUCCAAGGCGGCCUACGGCCUCCUGGGCGCCCCGAAGGAUGGCAAGCUGCCGUCCUCCGCCUCCCUGCUGCCCCACGCCGAUGUGGCGUGGGUGAGCUCCCUGCGGCCCCGCCUGCACAGGGACACGAGCAGCGAGGAGCAGUCCCUGUACUACCGCCAGUGGACGUCGGCCCGGCAGCACCACGCCGACUACGGCAACCAGCCCGACCCGGCCUCGGGGGCCCCGACCUUCCACCCGCGGCGGCUGCUGCUGACCGGACCCCCACAGGUUGGAAAGACUGGCUCCUAUUUACAGUUCCUCAGGAUCCUCUUCCGCAUGCUCAUCCGGCUCCUGGAGGUGGAUGUGUAUGACGAGGAGGAAAUCAACACUGGAGGCCAGCAACGUGCUGGACAAGGGGCCUUUUUCUUUCUUGUUAGGAAAGUUCACCGCUACGAUGGUUAUAACCAGUGUGAAAUUCAGUUUGUAGAGUCCAGCUCUCCCCAAGGCAUGGUGGGCCCUUGGGAAAUGUGUGCCUACAAGGACUGUAAGAAUGAGGAACAGACAGUGCCAGCAAUCUGUACCUCUCCACGCUUGGAAGGACUGUGUAGGAGCCAGAUGCUUGGUUCCCACCUAGUUCCCAGUGGCAGCUGCUCAACUCGAAUUGAUUGCAUUCCAAAUCAUUUGCAUGUUGCUGCUGGUAACCAGAGGUCUGACGACCAGAUGUCUGACUCCACCCUUCAUGCGUUCACAUUUUCUUCCUCUAUGCUGGGAGAAGAAGUUCAGCUCUAUUUCAUCAUUCCCAAGUCCAAAGAGAGUCAUUUUGUCUUCAGCAAGCAGGGCAAACACCUGGAGAGCAUGAGGCUGCCUCUGGUUUCAGACAAGAAUUUGAAUGCAGUCAAGAGCCCUAUUUUCACUCCUUCCAGUGGUCGCCACGAGCAUGGACUCCUAAAUCUUUUCCACGCCAUGGAGGGCACCAGCCACCUCCACCUUCUGGUAGUCAAAGAGUAUGAGAUGCCACUGUACCGCAAGUACUGGCCUAACCACAUCAUGCUGGUGCUUCCCGGCAUGUUCAAUAACGCAGGCGUGGGUGCUGCUAGGUUCCUCAUUAAGGAGCUGUCAUAUCACAACCUAGAACUGGAGAGAAACCGCUUGGAGGAGCUGGGAGUCAAACGCCAGUGUGUCUGGCCUUUCAUCGUUGUGAUGGAUGACUCCUGUGUUCUGUGGAACAUUCACAGUGUUCAGGAGCAAACCAGCCAGCCAGUGGAAGCAGGAGUUUCAAGUAAGAAUGUGUCCUUGAAGAGUGUCUUGCAGCAUAUUGAAGCCACACCAAAGAUCAUCCACUACGCAAUCCUGGGAAUACAAAAAUGGAGCAGCAAGCUGACUUCUCAAAGCCUAAAGACCCCGUUCUCUAGGUGCCAUGUGCAUGACUUCAUUCUCCUCAACAUAGACUUGACUCAGAAUGUGCAGUAUGACUUUAACAGGUAUUUCUGUGAAGAUGUUGACUUUAACCUGAGAACAAACAGUAGUGGUUUGCUCAUCUGCCGCUUUAAUAACUUCAGUCUCAUGAAGAAACACAUUCAGGUUGGAGGACAAAGGGACUUUAUCAUUAAACCAAAGAUCAUGGUGUCAGAGAGCUUAGCUCCCAUCUUGCCCCUUCAGUACAUCUGUGCUCCUGACAGUGAACACACACUGCUAGCAGCUCCAGCACAAUUUCUCCUGGAGAAGUUCCUUCAGCAUGCUUCAUAUAAACUCUUCCCCAAAGCCAUCCAUAACUUCAAGAGUCCUGUGCUGGCCAUUGACUGCUACCUGAACAUUGGACAAGAGGUGGCCAUAUGCUACAUCAGCUCCAGACCCCACUCCAGCAAUGUCAAUUGUGAAGGGGUAUUUUUCAGUGGACUCCUUUUGUACCUCUGUGACUCUUUUGUAGGUGCUGAUCUUCUUAAGAAAUUUAAGUUCCUAAAAGGUGCUACCCUGUGUGUCAUCUGCCAAGACCGAAGCUCCUUACGCCAAACCAUUGUCCGCUUAGAGCUAGAGGACGAGUGGCAGUUCCGUCUCCGGGAUGAGUUUCAAACUGCUAACAGCAGUGAUGACAAGCCUCUUUACUUUCUAACUGGACGCCACGUAUGAAUGUUUGAAGAGACCAAAAAUAACAAAGGGAUGCCUAGGUGGGAUGGGAGUGAAACAAUUACUGGGGAUUUCUUUUCUUCAAAGUACAAUCACUGUGGAGCAAAGUGCAACAUACUUGUCUAUUCUCCAAAGAACUCCUCAGAUCUGUCUUUGGGAUCAUUCUUCAGUUCCAAUUACGGGACCUUAAGUUCAGGUGAACUGCAUAGUAGGUAGUUAUGCAAUUACUUAGGAUGGGAGCCCAAGGAGGAUAGACUUUGGAGAACAAACAGUUUGCAUGAUUUUGUUUCUACUAUAUUAUGUUAAAGGAAAAGCUGUCAGCAUUAGGUAGCUUGAAUGUUGUUAAAUGAGACUCACACUAUUGGUGUGGAACUAACUGAAGACAAACGUUAAGAGGCCUGACCCUCAGUUUCUCUUCAGAUCUGUACUUUGGUACAGUAUUUCUCAGGGGUAUGAAAUGAUAAAAUGUAGAAGAUAUUUGUAUUUAAAAAAACUAGUAGUUUUGUCUUUCUCUGUGCAGUGUUAGUUUAAGAUUUAUAAUCUUAUAUGUAUUGAAACUUUUGGCAAAAUUUCCACAGGAGUUAAAAGUUUACUAUUUAAACCGAACAAACAAAUCAGUAAAUGCAGGGCAGGCAUUGUGCGCAUUUAUGAAGCUUCUCAGCUUAGUCCCUAUGGAUUUCCCAUUCUUUAAAAAUGUCUCCAGUCUUUAAGCACAUCAUGUCUAUAUGGCACAGUGAUUAUUCUUGUGCAAAUAAUGGAGUACGUAGUUGAGCCAAUUAAGCCACACUUGCAGUAAACCUGCACCUACCCUGUUUGGGUUGAAAGAAAGCAGUGGCCAUCAGUAGUGUCAGGCUGGGAUUCUGUUAUGGAGUCAAAUCAGCUCAUUUCUUUCAGGAACUCAAACAAAAUUUCCUCUAAAAGACACACUGAAUAUAAGCUGCCUUACAGUGAGAACAUGGAGACUGCUGAAGCAGUCAUAGAAAGAGAAGGAACUGUUUUUCUUAGUUCUCCCAGCCACUUUUUUUUGCGAGGAAUGAGGAAGAUUCUAUGAAGUCUUUUUGACUCACUAAAAUCUAUAGGUGGUGUUUUACUAACAUCAAUAGGAGGCAUAAGUUUCUAUGGAUUUCUCACCAAAUAAUAAAAAACAGGGUUUCAGAAAGUAUUUUACAAGUCUAUUGGAAGUUUACACUGAGAUUACAAGUUCAUCACUUAUUUUCAGAUUAUUCUCAUUAGUCCACAUGUGUAUCACUUUAUCCCCACUUAAAAUGGUCACUUUUACUUGAAUCUAUUUUAGGCCCCAGAGGGCCUAUCUAAGCCUGCAUUUACUUAGAACAAAUAGUGUUAACCUAUCAGCUUUAUUGUCUUGUGAUAACACGGAGUUUACAGCUAGUGAAAUGAUGAAAUGUAUUAGACUGAAACUGGUUUGCAAAUCUCUUGGUUUUAAUAUAGCUACUUGUAAUGCUUUAAGUGUAUCUUGAAAUGAACAAUUCCUUUUAACCCCAUUUUUAAACUGUCCUUCAAAGAAGACCUGCCUUAUGUAUGAUUUAAAAAAUAUUGCUUUAGUACAAACUUUUGGCAAAGAGGUAUGUUCUGACGCAAUUUUUUUUAGAAUGAAUGUACUUCACUUCCUCCUGUCUGGUUAAAAGGGCCUGGUGCAGAUGAUAUGUCAAGAAACCCACUGUCUGUGCAAUAUUUCAAUAACACUACAUAGGGCAAAUAAAAUACUUGAAAUAAUUCUAAAACAAUUUUUGUACCUGGGGAAGAUGGCUUUAUGACUGAAAAUCUAAAGAACAUUUUUAAAGCUAGAUGAAAGUACUCAAAUGAUUAUGGCUUGUAAAUACUUCUCAAUUCAACAGUGUAGAAGAAAAAUACCGGAAUAAAGCCAAAGACUAUCAUCCAACAAUGAAGAAAUUUCAACUGAUCUGCCUGCCUUCCCUGCCUCCCCUCCCUGCCUGUUUUACUAAGUCUGGAUCUUUUAAAAAUAUCUUCUCAGUAUAAUUCCUUCAGGAAUGUCCUCUUAAGGAUGAAAUUGCACAAGUUCAGGACACCAUGACUUCUUAAUGCUUGUCUUGGGAGUGUUCAGUUUUAUGCUUUUUCCUUAAGAUGCUGAGGUAAGGCAAAUGGAUUCACUCAGCCACACAAACUUACCUUCAGGCCUGCUGGACCUCGGCAUCUAUGACAGCUCACACAGGUUAAUACUGAAUGUAAACUAAAAAUUGCAAGGAUCAUUGUAGUCAAUCAGUUUGGGCUGUAAUUUAUGCAACGGCUUCUUAUGACUUAGAAAAGGGGCACCUUGUUCCUUUACUACUGUAAAAUUUUCUUAACCAAAAUUUGGUGAAUUUCACCAGUCUACCUCACAUUUUGUUUUUAUUCUAUAAGUUGUGUCUACAGUAUGUUUUAUCCUUUCAUUUAAUUUGGUGAAUGUAUUAA